GAUAUUAUAAAGAAAAAAUAAAAGCUAGAAAUAAAUCAAAAUCGAAAUUUUUUUUCCACCGGAUACUUUGUAGAUUGUAAAGAAAAACAGAAAUAUAUAUUCGAAUCCAUGGAAGAUGUCGAUGUAGCAGUUAGAAAUCUCGAGAUAAAAUCAUUAUCCCAUUUCUCUGUUUAUCAAAAAGAUAAAUCAUUCGGAGUUGCUGAUAUUAAUUUAAAAAAUCACAAGAUUCUCUUCGAAGAUAUCAAGAACAAGGAGUCACCCCAACAAAUCCUUUGGUCCGGAACUCCUUUUGUGAUUGUUGGAAAAAAGUCGCUAGAUUGCACGCACGGCGUAGAUCAUGGCAUAUUGAAAAAGAAGAAAAUACAGGAUGAAAAAAUCAAAGGAAAAGUAUGUUUUACCUUUGCUUUGAAAUCUGAAAAGGAAAAAGAAAGGAAAAAUAAUAACCUUUUUCUUAUCUAUAGGAUUCUCAAACACAUCGCAAGGUAUACAGUAAGGCUCGGUUUAUGGUUCAAAAUUCGAAAAAACUUGGUUGUCCAGCAAAAAUCAUAAUUCGUGACAUCGCCUUUUUCCCAGAUUUCAAAGUAAGCGCAUUUAUUUUUCCAUUACUCGUUUUGCCGUUUUAGUCUGACCAUUUUCUGCUCAUCUA